GGCACAUGCACAUGAGGAUGAACAUCUUCAAGUUUCUACAAGAACAAGAACGCCUUUCGAGAUUCUCUGCAACCGCAUGAAGGCUGCACAGCAUCAGGUUGGUUUGUACUAUUUGUGGCCAGCAGAAAGGAUAUUUCCAACAGGAGCAGGAGCUACGGCCGGUCUUUCAAUCUUAAAUCAGAAGAUUAAAAAUGGCUACGACUCAAAACACUACGUAGUAGACCAACAGCAGGAAGUCCACAUUCCUCGCCAUUUAGCAGGAAUGUUUGAAGAGAAGGCAUUUUUUGAGUUCAUGCAUAAGAUGGAAACCAAGUUCAAAACCCGAUAUCCAGCACCUGCAAAUUUGUAUCGUCAGCUCUGUGGAAAACUGUAUUACAAAAAAGCCUGCCGUCGUCCCGAAUUCCGUGUGCCUGCUACUGUGUAUGUGAAAAAGCCUGAAGUUGAAGACCAUCG